ACAGAUAAGAUUGGAAAUUGUUGCGGUGGUGCUUUGGAAAUUUUGUGUUCGGUUGAUUAUCUUGGCAUUAAUUUCAAUCUAUACAUUAAAUUAUGCAAGGAAACCAUUUAAAAAACUGUUGAAAGUGUAGAUUAGACUGCAGGGUGUGUUUGAUAAGUGUUAUCCGGGUAUAGAUUUUUUUCAUGGUUCGAAAAUCUUUCAUAGGAAAGUUCGGGAGAAAGUGAUCUUGAUACCGCGUUUGGAUGAAUUUUUACUCCUACAUCAGCAUCGUUCCAUCGAAACAUUUGGCUUGGCUUGCAUAAUUUCGUCGCAGAAGGGUAUUUACUGAUUAGAAUAUAAUGAGUGGUUGUGGGCUGCUGGUUUCGGUGAUCAAAACUCUCGAUGCCAGCGAAACCAACGAACAGCGGGAGCGCGAGAAGCUCAAGAUCGAGAAAGAGUUCCGCAAGACUGACCAACGGUUGAACGAACUUGUCUCGCGGAACGAUGGCGACCUUACGAGGGUUAUGCAGCUGUUCGGGAAGGUGUCCACGCAGAUUACUUGCUCCCGGGAACGGAUUCACGUUGUGAAGGAAAAUCUCCAAACUUGCAAACAGUUGCUGCGUUGCCGUCGAGAAGAACUGAAGAAACUCUACACCGACGCAGUUCAGCACAAGUACGUGCUGGAGAUGCUGGAUCAGGUGAACGAACUGCGGAAAACUCCUCAACAGUUGGCUGCAUUCAUGGCCAAGAAACACUAUUUGCAUGCAACGAAGCUGCUGAUGUCGGCAGUCGAAGCAACGGAAGGCCCCCUCAAGGACGUCGAAGGACUGCAUGAUCUGCGGCUGGAUUUCCAGAACAAACGGCAACAACUGUACUCAAAGCUUCUGGAUGAGCUCUGUAGGCAUUUGUACGUUUCCAGUACGGUAGAGGUACUUCAAAACUUCCAGCGUCAAAGUUCCGGAAGGAUAAGCAGCUCCGCGGCAGCCGGAGCCUCCCCUUUCCAACGCAAUGUUCUUAGACGGUCCGCAGAGAGAAUGGAGGCCAAUACGAAGGCCAGAAGGGCCCUGUUUGAAAUCGCUCAGAAUGGCUACUUAGACGUAGAUAAAAGUGAAAUCAUCGAAGACACGGAUCUGCUGGAUCCGGUUGUCAAUACAACGUACUUCAUAGGAAUUAUCAUUGAAUGCUUUGCUUUGCUUAAUAAAGUGCCUGAAUCAAUAGAGUCUAUAAGAGUUCAAAUGCAAAGCGAGCUUUUAACGAUCGUCACCAAGUCUACGCAUCACAUAAUGACCAUUACUCAGCAGCAAAACCAGAACCCAUACCAGUACCAGCAGGUGGUAGCGUCACCGCCUCCAAACAACGCCGAAGACUGUCCCGAACAAAACAUUCCCAUUUUGGAGCUUCUCGAGCUGGUCUUUAAACAGCUCAAAUUGAUUGCCAAUGCCCAUCAGUUAACGCUUAAGAACUACCACAAUGUGAUGCAUCGAUACAAUCUGACCCAGGUAAAGGCGUAUGAUCUGAUCGAGUACUGGGGACAAGCGCAGGCCGUACUAAAACUGGUGCUAACGGAUUAUCUGGACAUCCAGAACGACAGCAGUGAUGAGUUGAUGCGUGCUCAAUUCACGGAGCAAACAACCAACAUCAACACGUUCUUCAGUCGGCGAAAGGUUCAGGGCAAGAAGAUGCUUUUCAAAUUUGAUAAGUCCUCGCACACAGCAUCACUGGAACCUGAGCCUAAUACCAAAGAGCACCGCCGCAAUGCGUCAAAUGUUUCGAACAAUAUCGCAAGCAAAGAAGAUGCGCUUAAUCAGUCCGGUUUGAAUGGACAGAAUCUGUUGAAUGCCAGUUUCAAUGUACAUUCUCCGGGAACUCCGAACGCAGAUCGUAAAAAGAGGGAGCGUGCACUCGUCUGCCCACCAGAUGCCGCAUUAGUUCGACAGAUCUAUCUUCCAAUGAUGGGCUACAUCCAUGAGAUCGAAGGAUUCAUGAAAUGCAAAUCCGGCCAAUCCUGUAGUCUAAACACUUUCCUCGAUAACUACGUGAAGGACGCUUAUCUGGCACGUGGUCACAACCGCAACCUGCAGCUGACCAUCGAAUCAUUGUCAAAAACUCAGGACGCGUGGCGCUCGAUAAUUACUCCUGAAGAAAUGAAACGCCUAGGACUGACAAGACCACUCUUACAGAAUACUGUUUUGGUGGAGACUCGAAUUUCCGAGACCAAACGUCUCAUUCAGGAUUUACCAACGUACUCGGACGAGCUGUUGAAAAUGGUUUGCUCACUGUUGAAAACGUAUCGCGAAACAUGUCAGGCUGCUUAUCGCGGCAUUGUGCAACCGGAAACGGAGGACAAACGGAUCUACAGCGUGGCGUGGUUGAAGGACGACGAUAUUACUCGGUUCCUCAAAUCGCUUCCAAACUGGACCGACCUGAAAACCUCCAACGCCAGAAUAAAACAACAGUCUGGACAAAAGCGACACAUGAAAGCAGAGCCCUCAGAAGAGGAAAGCCCCACCGCUGUUCAGCAGCGUAAUGUACGUGAGGCGGAAAUGCUAACCAGCAAUCUAGGCGAGGGCGGAAUCUCCCAGCAGGAAAUCCUCUCCGAUGUAGGCGUAUUGAAAGAACUGGCAAUUCUGCAGGAAAGCAUGGAAUGGUUCGCCAGUAGGAUAACGGACUUUGCUCACGACCUGCGGAAGCCGAUCGUUAAUGGUAUGGUGGGUGGUGUGAGUGCUUCUCCGGUGGUGGUCAAAGACGGCAUGAUCAAGGUGCUGAUCAACCUGGCGUUGGAGUUCGAGGAGUUGGCAAAUACGUGCCUGCUGGUAUUGCACCUAGAGGUGCGGGUUCAGUGCUUCCAUUACUUAAAAUCGAACCCGUCGGACAAGUUCAAGGCGAACAACCCAAACAAAAAUGACUCAUUGGAACCCGACGCAAAAGUGCUGAAACUGACCAAAGUUCUUUCGGAUAUGGACGAGGCUUUAAGUUCCACGCUGCAUUCAAGGAAAACCAAGUACGUUUUCGAAGGGUUGGCACAUUUGGCAUCACGCAUCCUCAUAAUGGCAGCCAACUCGAUGGAGUACAUCGACACAGCAGGAGUGCAAAGGAUGUGUCGCAAUGCUCUAGCCCUGCAGCAGACUCUCAGUAGUAUCACGGCUUCGAGGGAAGUUGCGCUCGAUUAUGCUAGGUCAUUCUAUGAAAUGUUCUACUUGGAUCCAGAUGAAAUUCUAACCUCCAUCAUCGAGAAAGGCUCCCAGUUCACCGAGAUGCAGUACUUGAAUGCAUUGCAUCUGGUUUGCAAGAACCGGGGUAUCGUGGAUCAGAACACCCUGGCCAUGUACCAACAGAAGCUAAGCGACGUUCUGGGGACCAAACCGGGUCUCGGGGUCACUGUUUAGAGAUAGAGCAGAUAUCAUGUAGCGCAUUUACAGCCACUCAGUAGGUAUUUAAUGAAGCACGUUGGUGUGUUUUGUAGCGUAGAGUUGCCGCUCGCCUCGCGCAGAUGUUACACGCUAUGAUGAGUUUGUUGUUAUUUGAUAGUGGUAGGCAUUAACCAACAGCUGACAAAUAUAACAGGUUAUACAGAGUUUAUUGUACAAGUAGCAGCAUGUUAUAAAUUGUGAAACAUAAUAAUGCUAUUGUUCGUUAGUGAAGAUUGACGAAAUAAGCUACAAUGGCGUAAUGACAACAAGUGUUCAUUUUGCAGUAAGAUUUAAUCAAAGGGCAAGGAUUGUUGAAAUCCUCUCUUACUUAUAGGCUGCGUACGCCUUAAGUUUGCAUCAGUUAUAAACUGGAGAUAUAACACAAACCUUAGUUCAGUUAGGUUUCAUAUCAUUUCAUAAUACAAACAUGUUCUAAACAAUUAAAUUAUUCUACGAAAA